AUGGCUUCUCGACAACAGACCUCCCACAUGGCCCAUGUGCAGCUCAUGGGCAAAUCGGCAAUAGGCCGUCAAGUCGCCGAGCCCAUCGUCGUCUCCGAAGAAUACAUGCAGUACCUGACCAAGCUGAUCCCAUCUACACCGGAACUCAUCAAAGCCGGCUUCGUAGUGAGUCCGCUCACGCAGACGGAGCUCCAAGCGAAGAUCAAGUGCAAGAAAUGCCAUAAGAGAUGCACAAAACCUGAUCGUCCACCUAGAGACAGAAAACCCUCCCACGCCGGCGAGGGGUCCAGUAAUGGCAGCUUUGCCAAUGAUACUACCUCUACUGCGUCAAACGUUGGCUCGAGCCACACGUGUAGACUCAGAAGCCAUGGCGAGCUGCUUGACGAGGGCAAGCAGACUGAGACUACAGACCUGGACGCGCCACCAUCCCCUUCUCAAUUCCGCCCCGCCGUCGCCAUCGACUGCGAAAUGGGCGUCUCCUCCGACUUCGAAUCCGAGCUCAUCCGUCUCUCCUUAAUCGACUACUUCUCAGGGCAAAUCCUCAUCGACCGCCUCGUCCGCCCCAAUGUUCCAAUGCAACACAUGAACACGCGAUACUCUGGUGUGACUAGGCAGGAUCUCCAAAACGCCAUACGCAACAGGACUUGUAUCCUCGGUGGACUGGAAGAGGCGCGCAAAGAGGUGUGGAAGUUUGUCGGGCCGCAGACUGUUGUAGUUGGGCACUCGGUAAGGAACGAUUUGAGUGCUUUAAGGUGGAUACAUAAACGGUGCGUGGAUAGUUUGGUGGUGGAGGAGGGGGUGAGGAGGAAGAUCAAGGCCAAGGAGGAGGAGGAGGAAAAGGAGAAGGAAAAGAUGAGGGAAAAGCAGAAAGAGGAGAGGUUGUUGGAGAUAAGCUUGCAUUGUGGCCCGGGGAUGGCGGAGGAGACGAGAAGGAUGAUGGAGGAGGAGGAGAUUAAGGAGAAGGAGAAGAUGAAGAAGAUGAGGGGGAAGAGGGGGGAAGAUGGCAUGUCGUUGAAGGCGCUGACCAAGAAGAAGCUUGGUCGUGUGAUUCAAGAUGCUGGGAAGAAGGGGCAUGAUAGCGUUGAGGACGCUGUGGCGGCCAGGGAUCUGAUUCAUCACCAUAUUUUAGGUUUGAUGCAGAAGGGUAAGGAGAAGAAGGAGGUCGAGAGCGAGGUCAAGAGGGAGGUCGAGAGCGAGGUCAAGAGGGAGGCCGAGGCUGCUUUUGCUCAGGUACUGGCGGAGGGUACCAGGGAUGCGGAAAUGGGUUCUGUUUUUGCCGCUUUCCCAUGA